UCCCGCCUCCGCCUCAGCGACCGGCUCAGGAAGUGCCUCCUCCUGCUCCGCCGUCUCCGCCUCUCCCGCCUCUCCCGCCUCCUCCCUCCUUCCAGGAGUUGGAGAGCAGCGCCGCCAUGCAGGCCAGCACCUUCAACUACGCCCGGCCCAAGCAGUUCAUCGCCGCCCAGAGCCCCGGCAGGGCGGGCUACGUCACCCAGUCCUCCGGCUCCUCGGGGUCCAGCCUGCCCUCCCCGCUGUCUCCAGCCACCUCGCACAAGCCCUUCGGCAGGGUCACCGUGGCCCCGCCCCUCUCCGAGGCCGGCAGCGUGGAGCCUCCGAGCUCCCCGUCCUUCCCGCCUCCGCCUCCGCCCUUCUUCAGCUCCAGUAACCUGCCCUCCCCGUCGGGGCCCGGCCAAGACUUCCCUCCGCCCCCGCCUCCGCCUCCUCCGCCCCUCCCCGUGUCUCCGACCUUCUCGGAUGCGUCCUCGCCGUUCUCCUCCGUCCCUCCGUCUCCGGCCUCCAGCUUCCUGUCCUCGGUGUUGCCCUCCACGCCGUCCUCGCCCGGCAGCCCCACGGUCAACGCCCUGGGCCUCCCGAGGGGCAACGGCACGAUCAAAGCGUUCGCGAGGAAGUCCUCGGUCACCAGGACGCCGCGCCUGGCCUCCGACUCCGACAUCCAAGGGACCAAGGACGCCGUCAUCCAGGACCUGGAGAGAAAACUGCGCUUCAAAGAGGAGCGCAUGAGUAACGGUCAACAGAAGUUAACCUAUGAGGAGAAGAUGGCUCGCCGGCUGCUGGGAGCCGACAACGCCGCCACAGUCUUAAACACUCAGGACGCGGAGGAGGAGCCUGUCACACAGGAAUACAAAGUGUCCAGCUUCGAGCAGCGUCUGAUCAGCGAGAUCGAGUUCCGCCUGGAGCGCUACCCGGUGGAGGAGUCGGAAGACGACGACGUGCAGCACGACGAAGACUGGCGGCGCGGCGCGGCGCCGUCCUUCGACCAGAAGCUCAAAACACAUACAAGGGUCUUCGAGGGCAUGCCGGUCACCUUCUCCUGCAAGGUCCACGGAGACCCCAAACCAAAGGUGUACUGGUUCAAGGACGGAAAGCAGAUCUCCAAGAGGAGCGAGCACUACCGGAUCAGCCGCGACGCCGAUGGAACCUGCUCUCUGCACACCGCCACGGCCUCGCUGGACGACGACGGCAACUACACCGUCAUGGCCGGCAACCCCGAGGGCAGGGUGAGCUGCACCGGCAGGAUGAUGGUCCAGGCCGUGAACCAGCGGGGCCGGACCACGCGCUCCGCCCCCGGACACAUGCGCAGGCCCCGGUCCAGGUCCAGAGACAGCGGGGACGAGAACGACAACAUCCAAGAGCGCCACUUCCGCCCCCACUUCCUGCAGGCGCCCGGUGACCUCAUCGUCCAGGAGGGCCGACUGUGCCGGAUGGACUGCAAGGUGAGCGGCCUGCCCACUCCGGACCUCAUCUGGCAGCUGAACGGGCAGACCAUCCGCCCCGACUCCGCCCACAAGAUGCUGGUGCGGGAGAACGGCGUGCACUCCCUGGUCGUGGAGCCCGUGACGAGCCGCGACGCGGGCGUCUACACCUGCAUCGCCAGCAACCGAGCCGGGCAGAACUCCUUCAACCUGGAGCUCAUCGUUGCCGCCAAAGAGAUGCACAAGGCCCCGUCAUUCGUGGAGAAGCUGCAGAACACGAGCGUGGCCGAGGGCCACCCGGUGCGGAUGGAGUGCCGCGUCACGGGGGUUCCCUACCCGCAGAUCUUCUGGAAAAGGGAGAACGAGUCCUUCACUCACAACACAGACAGAAUCAGCAUGCACCAGGACAACUGCGGCUACCUGUGUAUGAUCAUCCAGCCGGCCAUGAAAGAAGACGCCGGCUGGUACACCGUGUCCGCCAAGAACGAGGCCGGCAUCGUGUCCAGCACCGCGCGCCUCGACGUCCACACUCAGUGGCAGCAGCCCAACCUCCCCAAGCCCAAGAAGGUGCGCCCGUCCACCAGCCGCUACGCCGCCCUCACGGAGAGAGGGCUGGACGUGAAGGCGGCCUUCUUCCCCGACUGCAGCCCGCUGCAGCCCGGCGGCCUGGUGGAGAGCGACGACCUGUAGAGGCCGACGUCUCGCCGGAAAGGAACCCCCGAAAGCCGCCGUCGUUCCCGGCACUCCGUUGUUCCCGGCACUCCGUUGUUCCCGGCACUCCGUUGUUCCCGGCACUCCAUUGUUCCCAGCACUCCAUUGUUCCCAGCACUCCAUUGUUCCCAGCACUCCAUUGUUCCCAGCACUCCAUUGUUCCCAGCACUCCAUUGUUCCCAGCACUCCAGGGACAAAUACUUUACGGCGGCGCCGAGGGGCAGAAUAUAACCACCCGAGGGACAAUCGAAAUCGAACUGCAGAUACAGAACUAAAGGGGUCGGUGGGCAGAGUUCAGCUGGUUGAGAUGGUUUUCAUAUGUUUUCUUUUUUUUUAUAGUACAACACAACCCGUUAUAGCACAGAAUUCCUCCCCUUCCCUCCCCAUGCUUCAUUUUAUAAACUGGACCUGGAAAAAAUGAUUGAAGUGUUUAACCGCGAGGACGUUUUCAUAAAUAUGCUCUCCAAUGUUUCACCAACUGUUGUUUAAGUGCCUCUCGUGACAGAAUAAAACCAAUUAAACAUUUAA